AAUAAUAUGAGGUUCAAUAAGCUGCAGGCAUGAUAAAUAUAAAAGAUAUAGCAAAGGCUUUUUAAAAAGGUAUUAGGUGGCAUAAUGCGUGUCAUGCUGCAUGUCAACUUCUGUCUGCUUAUGUUAUUUAUAUGUCUGCUCUAUGACUUUAGUAUUUUUAGUACAGCAGAGCAAGUAGGUGUUUGCUUUUUGAAUUCUUCAGUUAUAUAAACAUUCUUUAUAUCAGAAUUGGCAACAAAGCUAAAGCUUUAAUGAGGGUAGAUAUGUGCAUGUGUGGGCAGUUGUGUGUCAGGAAAUCUAAACUGCUGCCAGGCAAGUUUUGUCAAGAUGAAAAUAAUCAGCUUUGUAAAUAAUCAGCAGCAUAGGAAAGCAAUUAAAAAUGAGAAAAUGUACACCCUGAAGGCAGAAAUAUAUUUCUUUUAGAUUUGCAGAGUCGUGUAAGGUUAGCCAUUAUCAUCGAAAUCCAAAGAGAAGGCAUCAAAACCAAAAGUGGGCCUUACUGGCUUUUCAAAGUCUGAGGGUUUUGUAAACAAAAAGAAUCUUAAUGGCUGAUAUUUAAUGUCCAAUAUUUGAAGGAUCAAAGUUGUGUUAUUAAAGCCAUAAGGAGCAAGCACAGUUUGUUGAAAAUGAAUGGGAAACAGAAAUCCUAUGUCAGUUCACUGCUGCCAACAAAUGAACACGGUAUGAUUAUGAUUCAGGCAGCAUUACAGGUCAGAAGUCAGAUUGGGAUUGGAACAUUCAAAAUAUUUAAUCCAGUUCCAUCUGGUUGAAGAUCGGAUUCAUCACUCUGGUAUGGAGACAGGUUUGUAGAGGAUCUGUGCCACUGGCUGUCAGAGUUUAUCUCCAACCUUAACUGAACGCAUAACUGAACCAGCUAAUCAAGCUCUUUAGGAUUGCUUGAUAUGACAGGCAGGUUUGCAGAAGCAAGUUUGAAAUAAACUUUGCAGGACAGUGGGUCCCCAGGAGCAGGGUUGAAGACCUCUGCUAGAAUGUCCCUCAUUUUCCUCUUCUGAAAUGGCACCCAUACCUGCAUGAAAUCUGAGCUUGCAGAAAUCCUCCACAGAUUUUCGCAGAGUAAUUAAAUUCUAUAGAUCCCCUGCUCCUUUUGUGUUUGUUAAUUCUUUUUGUCAAAUUAGCCAAUGAUUUCUGCUUCCAGUAGUUUAAUAUUCUCAUCUCCAUUUCACAUAUUUUAGCAUAUUUAAGUCCAAUCAGCAAAAUUACAGAUUUCCUCUACAAUUGGCACUACACAAUGUGGAAAAGAGUGCACAAUCGAGCCUAUCGAUCGCAGUGAUGUUUUUAUACUACAGUACUUCAAUACAAGUAGUGCAAAACUUUUUGUAUUAAAAUUGAUGUAUAUGAAUGCAUGUAGAAUGUAUUACUAGUAGUUUUGUAUAGUAUGUGAUUGUGUAGAAUCAUAAUGAAAAGUGAGAGGCAGUGAUAAUGACAGUCUAACAUCAAUACAUGUCAAUGCAUAAUAUAUAUCAUAUUGUGUACACAGGCACUCAGUGGAGAUAUAAAUGAGAGAACUCUAGCCAGUCAGAAUGCGCCAAAGGCUGGUGUCGUAGUGGAGGCCCAUUACAAUGAAGAUGAUGAGGUGAUCAGUAAAAUGAAGAGUGCCAGUCUCCAUGAUAAAGCCCCUAUCACAACACAUUCUGUCAAACAUGCUAAUGUAUGCUACACUUCUGGAUCAAGUUCAGAGAGAGCUAUGCAAAGGACUGGAAAGGUUGUAUUCAUUGUUGAAAAGAAGCACUCAAGAGCAGCAUCAGGCUUCCUAAAAUUUCUCCCCAACAAGAAUUUUGCUAUGUUCUCUCCUGUGGACCAUCGGGUCCCGAGAGUUAAUGUGCCUCUAGCAGACUGUCCUGCAGACUUUACCUCCAGACCUGGAGACUAUGAAAACACACUCUUCAUCUGCCGAAUAACACAGUGGCCAGCAGACAACAACUUUGCUGAAGGGCGGCUUGCAAAAACAUUAGGGCAAGCUGGUGAAAUAAAGGCAGAAACAGAAGGCAUCCUGACUGAAUAUGAUGUUGACUUCUCAGAGUUUUCAGAGGAUGUCUUUAAUUGUCUUCCCCAAAAUCUGCCCUGGAUCAUUCCUGAUCAUGAGCUCUCUAAAAGAAGAGAUCUCAGAAAAGAAUGCAUAUUUACCAUCGACCCAGCUACAGCCAGAGAUCUGGAUGAUGCACUGUCCUGCAAACAACUCUCUGAUGGCAGUUUUGAAGUUGGUGUUCAUAUAGCUGAUGUGAGUUACUUCGUGGAAGAAGGAAAUGCCUUGGAUCAAACUGCUGGCCAAAGAGCCACGAGUGUUUAUCUAGUCCAAAAGGUGAUCCCCAUGUUGCCUCGUCUUCUGUGUGAGGAGCUAUGCAGCUUGAAUUCUCUGACCGAUAGACUGACAUUCUCUGUCAUUUGGAAGCUUUCUCCAGAGGGAAAGAUCUUGAGUGAGUGGUUUGGCCGAACUGUCAUCUGUUCCUGCAUUCAGUUGAGUUAUGAUCAUGCUCAGAGUAUGAUUGAAGCUCCUGACAAGCACUUUAGUGCUGAAGAACUGCCAUCCUGCUCCCCAGACCACAGCAUCCAAGAGAUACAAGAGGCUGUCCUCAACUUGCACAACAUUGCCAAACAACUCCGAGCCCAGCGCUUUGAGUGUGGAGCUCUCCGGCUUGACCAGCUUAAGCUAUCUUUCACCCUCGAUAAGGAGUCCAGCAUGCCUCAGGGCUGUUAUAUCUAUCAGUAUCGGGACAGCAACAAACUGGUGGAGGAGUUCAUGUUGCUGGCAAACAUGGCGGUUGCCCAUCAGAUCUACCGCACAUACCCAGAAUUAGCCCUACUGCGGAGACAUCCGCCACCCCAGAGCAAGAUGGUGGAUGACCUGCAGGAGUUUUGUGAACAGAUGGGCCUUGACAUUGACUUCUCCUCGUCUGGAGCACUCCAUAGGAGUCUGAAUGAAAACUUUGGUGAUGACAAGUAUUCGGCUGCCAGGAAAGAAGUUCUCACUCACAUGUGCUCCAGGCCAAUGCAGAUGGCGGUGUAUUUCUGUACUGGAGCUCUGAAGGAUGAGAAGUUCUUCUGUCAUUAUGCUCUGAAUGUGCCUCUCUACACACACUUCACUUCACCUAUACGACGCUAUGCCGAUGUCAUAGUGCACCGUCUAUUGGCCGCCUCCAUCGACUGUGGGCCAUGUUUGAGUCUCUCAGGAGAGGAAGUACACAAACAGGCAUCCCACUGCAAUGACAGGAAGACUGCUUCAAAGAGAGUUCAAGAGUUGAGCUCUGAACUUUUCUUUGCUGUCUUUGUGAAGGAUUGUGGUCCUCUGGAUUCAGAGGCUAUGGUCAUGGGGGUUCUGGACCAGUCCUUUGAUGUGCUUGUGCUUCGCUUCGGAGUGCAGAAACGAAUCUACUGUAAUUCAUUAGAGGGACUAAAGGCGGUCCACUUCCGUAAAGUGGGAAAGAAACCAAAGAUGACACUUUUUUGGGAAACAGAUGACCCAAGCAACGAGUCCGUACAACAGGAGAUCUCCAUCUUUACCCUGUUGAAUGUUCAGCUGAAGGCAGAUAGAGCUCCAAUGAAAUACAGUGCUGUGCUCAAGAGACCCUCAGCACUUGUAUGAAUUAUCCCAACGCAUUUUUUUUUUUUUUUUUUUUUUUUUUUUUGCAUGUUUAUUCUUAACCAAACAGAAGUAUCGAUAUUGGUGAAGGCUUCUCCUCUGCACCAGUAAACCAUGAACUCAGUUUUAUGUGAUUUUAUUUGUUUUUUAGAAUUUUGUUCUGAAAUCUUUCAAAUGUACAUUUUCUUUUAAUUUGAUAAUGUUAAAGUUGAAAUAUUUGAAAUAUUUUUGCUUUUGCCUCAGGAAGUGUUAAGUGAAGGUUUUGUGUUCAGGGAUUGUGCCAUGAGUUUAAGUAUCUCUAUUCUGAAAGAAAAUGAAAUCCACCCUGAUUCAAAGAAUAGUUCCAAAGUUAAUUUUAGUUACUUUUUGGUGUCAGUAUUUUAACACUUCCACCAUUGUGUGCUUUGUAACAUUUAGGCAUUAUUUUUGUUCUACCAAACCUUUAAGUAUGUGCAGCCUUUGUUUGAGAGAUAAUCAAUUCAGAAAUGGCGUUUGUCAGCUUCAGAAGUUGCAGAUAUGUUAAGCAUUGAGACCUUAACCAAAAUAACAUUUUAAUAAGUGAUUUUUGGUCUAUAUAUUAGCUUGGCUAAGAGAUUGCUUUGUUUUGUUGCAAAUACUGGAUCUGUUUCUAAGACAUUUGGGUGAAUCAUUUGUUAACGAUUGAUAGAUGCUUUUUUAAUUAUUUUCAAGAAUUAAUUGUAAAGCAUCAAAAUUUUUGGGACCGCUCCAUUAGAAGAAAACAUCUGGCAGAAUUUUUUACUUAAUCACUCCAUUGCUGGCGUCUGAUAUAUGUAAAGGUAUUGCCCCAAAUACCCCACACACUUGAAUGUUGUUUUACAUACACUGAACGUCUGUUUGACGUCUUUAGGAAAUGUUUUUAUGUGUAAUUUGUCUCUUUUAAUGCAUUUCAUUUAAUGUUUUCUUGUUUGUUUUUGCACAUGGAAUUUCAGUGAUUGUUUCAGAUAUAUCAACUAUUUACUUAUAAACUAUUGAUCUUGCAAACAAUGUCUUUUCUACUGUGUAGUAUGAUAUGCCAUCCUUGGGACCAGUAUAAAAUGUUAAAAGAGACAAUGACUAUACAACAUGUCAGAAAGACUAGAAAAAGGAAGUUGGGCUUAACUUAAUUUAAACAAUUAAGUUCAGUUGAAGAAGCUUUACAGUUAGCAAGAAAGCAGCCAUGUGAUAUAACAAAAAAAUUGCUUUUUGUUUAUUUUACAAGAACUGCUGUGUAAAUGAAGUGGGGAAAAGAGUUGUCCAGUUGUUGUAAGGUUGGAACCAAGCGUGCCAUAUGAGUCCUGAAAAGUGAAGCCAAAGUGUCUUGAUCGCCUCCAGGUGGCUGGAUACAGUAUAGGCCAUAAACCCCACCCUCUCCUUGUAAUGUUAUGUAACGUGAAAAUAAACAGUCAAAUUACUCAUCAAA